GUUUGAUACGACCCGACCAGAAUAACCCGAAUCGACCAGAAAAGGUUGUCAAAAACUAAAACCUGUGUGUUUUGCGUUCUCCGUCUCUCGCUCGCUUAGAAGCUUCAAAUACAGCUGAAAUGGCGGUUCAAUCAAAUCAGAGUGCAUCUUUUGGGAUCGGAAUAGGUUCACUUUCUCAAAAGUUCUCCUCAAAACCUGUAUCUCAUAUCUCUCUAUCGACGAAGCUUAAUCUGUCCUGUCUACCAUCGAUUUCGUGCUCAACUUGGAACCCUGGUCAAAUCCCGGCGAGACUCUCCGGCAUCAGUCCCGGAAUAUUCGCUUCUUCCUCCAAUUCCACAUUUUCUUAUGAACCGCCAGAAUCUGAGUCUCCGUCACUUGGAAAGAAGAAGAUGCGUGUGCUAGUGAAGCCGCUGGAGAAACCAAAGGUGGUACUAAAGUUUGUGUGGAUGCAAAAGGACAUAGGAGUUGCAUUAGACCAUAUAAUUCCAGGAUUUGGAACGAUCCCACUUAGUCCAUACUACUUCUGGCCUAGGAAAGAUGCUUGGGAAGAGCUCAAAGCUUUGUUAGAGAGCAAGCCUUGGAUCUCUGAGCUACACCGCGUCUUCCUCCUUAACCAAGCUACAGACAUCAUCAAUCUAUGGCAAUCAAGCGGUGGAGAUUUGUCUUGAUCAGAUUCACAUUCAUACCAGUCACUAGAGAUGUCAAUGGAAGAAACUCACCCAAGCUAUUUAUCAUAGGUAUUAGCUUUUGUGUUGUUCAGUGUAUCAUACAUUAGUCCCUUGUGCUGCCUAAUUCUGUUCAAAUGAAUCAUCGAAACUCUGAAAAGAUCACGUCUUGAUGGAUGUAAUGUUCAAAGAUGUGAAAAUGUAGCAACUCAGCAGUUUAUCAUUGUCUA